AUGGAUCACCUUAGGUCAAACGUGCCAGACUAUUAUACUCCUCAGCAAUACACUCCCAUACCACUUCCAAGCUAUCCACCACCGACCUUUGGGGCACCAACGCCGUAUGCUGGGCAUCAUCUCCAUCAGAGUCAGACCCAACACCAUCCUCCCAUUCAAUACAAUCCUACUCGCCAUGGGGGCCAACCUCCGCUAGUUGCCCAGACUCCCGUUCCGAUACCGACUCCGGCUCCAGCCCCGGUCUCACAACAAAGCAAUCAAGCUGGCAGCCACAGUCUCGAUACAAGCGGUCACGAUGAAACCCCUUUAGUCGGCGAGACGUCGGCCGUCGGCGGUCCCAAGGGGUUUGGGCGUACGUCGGCAGUCUAUCAAGUUGAUGGGAAUGGAAAGAAGCGACGCGUGAAUGCCGAGGAUUUCCGAGCCCAAGUCGAAGAACGCACUCGAAAUGGCGAAAGUUGCGAGCAAAUUGCAGAUGCGCUCAUUGCUCAAGGCGCCCAGGUCACUUCCAAGAGUGUCGGUCGAUGGAGAAUACUCUGGGGGUUUCGAAAGCGGGCUGUCCGAAAACAAUCAAAGCCGCCCAAGCCCAAAGAAGAGCGCAUCAGCAGUAAACAAAUAUGGCAGUCCAGAUCAAAGUCGGACAUUACUCGCAUGACCCAGCAAGGGCUCAGCUCCGAGGAGAUUGCCCAGAUCAUGACGAGGCGUGGCAUGGCCCUCAAGAAGGGAUCAAGUACGAUUGCCCGUCUCCAGACAAUAUGGCAACUUCGAGGAACCGAAGAAUCGCGUCUCAAGAACAGACGAUACCUGUCCCGUCGCAAGGCACGGCGACUACAGCUAGAGGAAUUUCAGUCCUAUGCCAAAGAGCUUGGACUCGAAAACCCCGAUGAAUGGGUCAAGAACAAGAUGGACGAGCCGGCGAUACAGCAGAUGCGGCGUGAUGCUGCGUAUGAACUCAUGGGCGACGACGCACCGAAACCCAAGGAACCCAAGUCCAAGCUGCCUACACGUAGACGAACGAGAAAAUCCGGGAAUCCGCCAGCUGGCGGCCAAGAUGCUUUCGCGGCGCACCCAGAUGUUGCAAAUGGCAAUGAUGCGGAUUCCAGCGAUAAUGAUGACGACGAGAUUACGGCGGAUAUAUCUUUGGCACCACGAACACUCCGUUCUGGUCGCGUAUCUGGCAACAACACCUUUGUCAUGUCAGGGAACGAAAGCGAGUCCAGCGACCAAGAUGCAGAAUACCAGCCCAUGGAUGGCGUCACUACUUUGGAAGACGUUGACAAUGAGAUUAUGGAUAAUGGUCAACAUGGCUACGCACCACUAUUUGAGCAAGACGACGACGAUGAUGAGGAGGAUGAAGCGAGUGAAGAGGAACCGACAGCCCCCGCACCAGUCGAAGCUUCCAUGAAUUUUACAAAUGCUACAAUGGUACCAGUCCUACCUGAUGACGCCGAGCGUGAGAGCAUGGACAGGCUGAUCAACUCGGCCGAUGGGUAUAUUGCUGCGGCUCAGCUGCUCAAGGAUCUGCUCCAAGCAAAGUCAUUGGGUCAGCCUGCACCUCGCAGCCUGACUGGUCUACCACCGUCAUUGAGCGACAUUGAGGCAGCACGCCACAGGUUGAAAGAAGCCGCACAAGCAACGGUUGGGCUCUUGUAG